AUGAGCUGUGGUGGGAUUAAAGAUAAUGAAAUCAGUAAAUGUUUGGACGAUGAAGAAGGUUCAGAAGAUGAGGAUGCCUCAGACUGGGAACCUGAAAGCAGUAAACCUUCAACUAAAAUGAGCUCGAAAAAGAAAAAGAAAGUUGGUCGGCCUUUAAAAAGUACAUUCAAAAACCACAAAAAUGAGCACCGGGAAAUAGAAGGCAAGAAAAUGAAAGGUUCUUCCACAGAACAAUAUGAAAAUAUGAAAAGAAGAAUAUCUCGUGGACUUGGAAGUCAAAAUUUAAGUACAAAUUCUGAUGAGACAAAAUAUGACCUCGGGAUGAAAGCUGCCUCUAAAAAGAAAAAAGUUAGAGGAAAGACAUCAUCAGAAGAAAGUCGGUCAUCCACAAUGUGGAAAACAGUUAAAGUACCUAUGAAGUUUGGAGAGAGAAAUCAUAAAAUCCUACUCAGAAGAAAUAACCAAUUAGAUGUUAAUCAUCGUUCCACUUCAUCUGAUUCAGAUAGUGAUUGUGAGUCAAAAGCUUCAGAGAGGAAAAACGGGAGAUCGGAAAGAAAGCGUAAAGCACUUACAGAAGACUCUGAAGCUACAACUUCAAAAGUCCGCCAUGUUUCCACCCAUGAAAACGUUGAUGAAGAGAGGAAGUUUCAUGUUUCAAAAAAUUUGGCAGAAACCAAAAGUACCAGUUCAAAUGAUGCAUACUUUCAGAGAAAUUUACGUUCCCCGCCAAAAAGUCCUGCUGUGAAGAAUUUGUUCCCAGAAAAAAAUUCGAACAAACUAAACAACUGUAGAACUCCGACCAAGCUGACCGAGGAAGAUCUGAGCAAUAAAGAAAAUAAGAGUUUAUGUUCAGAGCAGUCCAAAGGAGAUUCGACUCCACGGAAAAUCGGGACUAGACAAUCUCUUUUUGAAGAAGGUUACAACUCUGAGAGUCAAGUUAGAGAGAAAUCAACCCCUCUAAAGCAGGCUCAAACUCCAACAAAAGAAAAUAAAAAUUCAAGCAGGAAACAGGAACAAAAUACAACUCCUAGAAAAAAUGAAGGAGACUUAAGAGAUUUAAAAGAAAGUCAGAUAUUAAAUGAGUUAUCACCAACAAAAUCUAGAUGUGAGAAUCUUUCGCCUUACAAAAGACCUACAAAAAGUGUGUCUAAGACUUUAAAUGAGGAAUCAAAUGAAACUGUCACAGACACAGGAACUCCGACAAAAACACAAACUGCAGAAUUGAAGCGCUUGAAUAUAGAUUGUAACCCUUCUAUGAUCAAUGCUGCUUCACCAGUACGUCAAAGUAGAUCCAGUUACAAUACAAGAACACCUUUGAAAAAUAGCAUUGGUGGUGAAAAUGAAGUGAAGAGUCCUAAAAAAAUUUCAUUAAAGCUAAAAAGAUUUGUUAGUGACAAUGAUUCAGAAGAUAAUUCUAUUACUAAAAUAAAAGAAAGGACCGAAACUCCUUCAUCCAGCAAGAAAUUAAACAGAGCUUCCAAGUUGAGCUCAAAUGAGAUUGAAGAUAUAAACUCAACCUCUAGAACUCCAGAAAAAUCCAAAAUUGUUCGAGAGAUGAAGCGUUUAGCUAUAGACUGUGAACCGGCAAUGUUUGCUGCUUCACCAGUUCGCCAAAGAAGGGCUAGUGGGUCAAGAACAGCAACGCCACAAAAAUCUAAAAUUUCUGACAGUUUAAAAACUCCUAAAAAAUGUUCAGAAGACUUAAGUGACGAUGCUGAAUGUGUCACGCCACGGGGAAAAGAUAAAGUUGCCACCAUGACACCUCGAUCGAAAGCCUUGAAAUUUGAAUAUCGUAACCAAAGUACUAUGUCACCAUUUCCUAGGCAAAGUGUCACUGUUACUACACCAGUUUCCAAGAAGAAAUCAGGAAGAGGAUUUUUAACUCCCUCAAUGGCAAAGAAGGAACAUGUUAGAAAAGAAAUAAAAGAUGAUGAUUUGGACACUACAAGAAAACAACUUCACAUAUCAACGGUGCCAAAGUCUUUACCCUGCAGGGAUGCUGAAUUUGAUCAGAUCAAGUCAUUUCUAAUCAGAAAAAUUGAACAUUCUUCUGGAGGAUCAACAAGGAAUUUCAACUCACCCUUCACCUUGAUCACGCUCUACAAGUCCCUGGUACGCCCGCUGCUGGAGUAUGGGUCAAUCAUCUGGUCUCCCUUCCAGAAGAACCACGUCAGCCAACUGGAGAGCAUACAAACCCGCUUCAUACGGAUGCUUGGACCGAGACUUGGUUUUACCUACCGCACUACCCCGGUUGACGAUGUGGAGAAGUCCUUCGGUCUUCUGCCUUUGUCACUCCGACGUCAUCAUGCCGACAUAUUCAUGCUCUACAAGCUGGUUAACGGGUUUGUCGAUUGCCCCAACAUCCUGAGUGGUAUCGACAUUACCACGCCCAGAGGCACCCGCUCCAGGACUAUAUUCAGCAGACGCUUUCUCCCAGCCUACUACUCUUACAACAGCGGAAUUAGCCGUCUACUCAAGGCUGGUAGCACGGCGGCUGCUCAACUGGAUUUCUUCGGUGAGAAGCCCCUCCGGUUCAAAAAGAAGGUCUCCCUGAUCACUUGA